AUUAGCAAGUAACACCGGAAGUUGCGCCAUUGGCGCGAAUAACAAUAACAGCUGAUAUUCAGUUUUGCCGAACUAUAAUGAUAAACUUAUUGUAAAAAUGGUUAUUAAUUUAUUUAGUACAGUAGAAACGAAUGUCUGUUUAUCAUAGUAUUAGUACAAGUCUCUUAAACAUUUUGAAACGUUAUUUAGGCUUGUUUGUAUGUUGGCUAACCGGUUAAACUGUAACUCAAGUAGCGUUACGUAGUUAGCGCAGGCUAACAUUGACAAUAGCGUUUUACAAACUAUUACUUUUAUUGAUAAGGUAUAAUAACGUCAGCGCCCCAUGACUAGUCCGAGUUCAUAUUGAUUAAUGUUACUGCCAAAGUAAACCCUGCAUAUACAUUUAUUGACAGUCUGAGUGCACCAAGAGGAGGUUGACCAUGUCUAACGGAGACAAGGAAGGCUUCAUUGUGAAGUUUGUGGAAAGUAAAGCACAGAAAACAGAGUAUGCUGUCAAGGCUUAUGAGGCCAUUUUGGAGUUACAGUCUGAAAAGUACUUGAAAACUAUCGAUGAGGAUGCUGUUUUAGCAAUGGACCAGAAGGACAAGUCUCUGUUUGUCUUCAGUAGCUUCACCACUCCAGCCUUUCUGCACUGCAAGAAGCUUGGCUGCCGAGUGGUGAGUCCGUUGGUGGUGUUGUACUGCCUGCAGCAGCAGCGUUGUGUCCCCAAAGCAGAGAUGCCGGUUUAUAACAUGGCCAUGGCUGACAUCACUGUCUCCUGCACCAGCCUGGAUAAAACAACACGGGCAGAUGUGAUGGAUCUGGUGAAACUCAUGGGUGGACGGGUCUAUCUUGACCUAAAUGUAUCAGUCACGCACCUGAUAGCAGGAGAGGUGGGCAGCAAGAAAUACCUGGUGGCUGCCAGCCUCGGUAAACCCAUCCUGCUGCCCACAUGGGUCAAAGCCUGCUGGGAGAGAUCUCAGGACAAUCUUUUCAGGUACACAGACCUGCCCAUGGAAGACUAUCUGUGUCCUGUGCUGCGUGGCUGCACUGUUUGUGUGACAGGCCUCUCCAGCACAGAGCGCAAAGAGGUGCAGCGGCUCUGUGAGCAGCAUGGAGCCAACUACACCGGUCAGCUCAAAAUGAAUGAAUGUACACACCUCAUCGUUAGUGAACCAACAGGUCAGAAGUACGAGUGUGCGAGGAAGUGGAAUGUGUAUUGCGUGUCUCUGCACUGGCUGUUUGACAGCAUAGAGAAGGGCUUCUGUCAGGAUGAGAGCAGGUACAGGGUGGAGCGUAAUGCAUCAAAGACCACUCGACCACACACCUCUACCCCUACUGGAACCAGCAAGAAGGAGGAUGGUCCAUCUCUGUUGGGCUUGAGUCACAUUUCUGUUAAUGCUAGCAUGACAAUAAAUGACACAGCCCUCACCAACGGCACCAUCAGCCGCCUGGAAGCUCCAGACCCCAUAGAUAGUCUGGAUCUCACCGUAUGCCCGGCUGAUGAUCUACUGGAUGGCUGUAAGCUGUAUCUGUGUGGCCUGCCGGGGAAGAAACUGGAGAAGCUGCGGCGUCUAGUGAACGCUGCAGGAGGUUUGCGCUUCAACCAGCCCAGUGAGGAACUCACACACCUGGUGAUGGGAGAGCUGGACCAGGAACUCAAGAAUUUUCUGUCCAAAGCAACUCACAGACCUCAUGUAGUGACGGUGCAGUGGCUGCUGGACAGCUUCUCCAAAGGAUGUCUACUCCCAGAAGCAGGCUACCUCCACCCCGACUGUCUGCCCCCUGCUCCAGCUGCUGUAUCUGUGCCAGCCCAUCACACCCCAACGUCCCGGCCCUCGGUCGGUCCCCCUGCGGCCAGUCCUAGCACUCCCAGGCAAAAAAGAGCAGAGGAGGAUCUGCUCUCUCAAUACAUGGAUGAUGACCCUACAAUAGUUGACAUGCCGCCACCAGCAGAGAGCAACAGCAGGAGGUCCGUCAGUACAGCUGCAGAGCCCCAGCCCCAAUCCUGGACACCAAACCAGACCAGAGGAGCAGAGCCAGGCUCGACCUUGCAUGAAGCCAGCGAGGCAGGCCUCUUUGUCGGGAAAUGUUUCCUUUUUGUGGGAUUUGGCCCUGAGGCCGAGGCACAGCUCUCACUAUUGGUGACAGAAAACGGAGGCAAGAUGCUGAUGGGUCGUACACGUGUUGUGGCCGACUAUGCCGUGGUGCCACUGUUGGGCUGUUCAGUGGAGGCCACGGUGGAUGAGGUGGUCACUGAUACCUGGCUGGCCAUGUGUGUGGAGAAGGAGUGUGUCCUGCAGCUUUCCUCCAACCCUCUAUUCACUCCUGUUCCUGCGAUGGAUGGUCGUUUUCCUCUCAAGAAUUGUGUUCUCUCAGUCAGCCAGUUCACCGGAGCUGAGAGGGAGUCCUUGGUGGAGUUGGCCAAGCACCUUGGAGCCAAUGUCCAGGAUUACUUUGUGCGCCUGGCCAAUCAGAAAAAAGGCAUGCUGGCCAGUACUCAUCUGGUGCUGCAGAGCCCUGAAGGCACAAAGUACCAGGCAGCAAAGAAAUGGGGGCUUCCAGCUGUCACCAUGCACUGGAUACUGGAGUCUGCUCGAACCGGCCAGAGGGCGGCGGAGGAGCGUUUUCUAGUUGACCUGCCACCCUCACCAGAGAGGGAGGAUGAGAGUUUUGUCGGUGGUUCCCAGAAGCCAGUCAUGCCUCCACCAGCACGUCCCUCCCCUGAGAUCCCUUUGCUGGGUAUCCAGAGCGGAAAGGUGGUCACCCCGCUGGAUUUAGGCCGCUUUCAGAGCAAAAUGUUUUGCUCCGUGUUGAACGAGAUGAAGCCCAAAGAGGACAUCAGCACCCCCAAAUAUAAUCAGGAGGGCGGCAGAAGGAACCCCCUUCAGAAGGAGCCCUCCCUGCAGCUGAACACUCCUUCUCGUUUCCUCAGCAGAGACCAGCUUUUCAGGCCAUUUGUUGUCAAGGACGCAUUAGGAGCGUUGGAGACUCCAGGUGGGAGAUCCAAGCCAGGAGAAAGGGUGGAGACUCCACUGACGGACGUCAUCAACAGGAACCUGAAGGCUGCUCUGGCCAACAGCGACCACAAUAUCGUCUCAGAUAUGCAAGCAGUCACUGCCAGCCCCCAGCUUACAAAGACAACAGAGAAGAAGGUUCCAGAAAAGGAAAUUGGUCCCCUGACUGGUGUUGUGAUCUGUGUGGGGAAGAAGCUGAGCAAGAUGCAGAGUGAACUAAAUGCCAUUGCUGCCUCGCUUGGAGCUGACUUCAGGUGGGCUUGUGACGAUUCAGUGACCCACUACAUCUACCAGGGCCGUGUGGGAGACAACACUCGGGAGUACAGAGGAGUGAAGGAAAGAGGGCUGCAUGUGGUCUCCCAGUACUGGCUGCAGGCGUGCGCUGACGAGCAGAAACGUGUCUCAGAGUCUCUGUAUCCUUUCACCUACAACCCCAAAAUGAGCCUGAACCUGAGCCAGGUGCCCAACAGCUCUCAGAGGUCGCCACCUUUGACACGAACACAGCUCAAAGACUUGACUGAAGCCCAGGACAAGUCUGAGCUCAACACCACAGAAGAAGCUACAACCUUACGUCGUGUAAGCGAUGGAAGCGUCGAUCAAGAAGAUCUUACAGAAAGAAGCGAGACACUAGAGAUGAGAGAGACCCUGCAAAGACAGCUCCAGGAGAUCAUGUCAGCCACCAAACUCACAACAGGCCGACGUACCUCAGUCCGACUCAGCAGGAUGGGAUCAGGAGGAGCCGACACGGGCCCCAACACGCCUGACGGGAACCGUGUCGGACGCAGUGGGAGCAGACGCACUCUAGAAGCUUUGAGGAUGUCCAGAGAAGCAGCUAUGGACCUAAACACAGAACCAUCCCAGAGUGAGCAGAUAGUUUGGGAUGAUCCUACAGCCAGGGAGGAGAGGGCCAAGCUCGCUGACAAUUUACAGUGGCCUGGUAGUCCCUCACAGCACUCGGAGCCCCUCGCACCUCCACCUCCCCCCACUGCAGAAAACGGCCCUCAGUUCAGGGACUCCAUGACCGACUCUGAGCUGGUAGAGAUGGCCGCUUGUGAUGUCAUCGCCCAGCAUAUGGGCCAGAGGGUCAAAUCGCCUCCGUCAGAGGAGCCAGAAAACAACAUCCUCACUCCUAAAGCCCCCAGCAUCGCCUUCCCUCUCGCCAACCCUCCAGUCGCACCGGAGCCGCAGGAGGAGGGCGAGGAAGAAAAGCAGCCACCAAGGUUUCAGCUGUCCUCCCUCAGCCCUCAGGAACGCAUUGAUUACAGUCACCUCAUAGAAGAGCUCGGUGGUGUAGUCCUGGACAAGCAGUCUUUUGACCCCAGCUGCUCCCACAUCAUCGUAGGGACCCCCCUGCGCAACGAGAAGUACCUGGCAGCCAUGGCAGCCGGAAAGUGGAUCUUGCACCGCUCGUACCUGGAGGCCUGCCGGUCUGUGGGUCACUUCAUCCAGGAGGAUGAGUAUGAGUGGGGCAGUAGCUCCAUCCUGGAUGCGUUGCCCUCCAUCACCUCCCAGCAGAGGAGGCUGGCAUCAGCUGCCAUGCGCUGGAGAAAAGCCCUGCAGGGACGCUGUGAUCAGGGGGGAGCCUUCAGUGGAUGGACGGUCAUGCUGAACAUCGACCAGAACAGAGAAUCAGGCUUCAGGCGGUUACUGCAGUCCGGCGGGGCGAAGGUGCUGUCAAGUCCUUCCCCGUCCUUGUACAAGGAGGCAACUCACCUGUUUGCAGACUUCAGUCGGCUGAAACCCGGAGACUUCAGAGUCGACCUAUCAGAGGCCACCUCCCAAGGAGUCACAUGCUUGAAGCCAGAGUACAUCGCAGACUACCUCAUGCAGGAGCCAAUCCCUCCUAUCGAGAUGUAUUACCUGACUGAAGCUCCCUCUGAAGAAACUCCGAGCACCCCGUCACGUAAACGUAAAGCCGCAGCCGACACUACCAGACUGAAAAAGACUCGUCUGAACUGAAAUGUAAACAUGAAAUAUCGUCGUUAUAACCCUCAUGUCUGUGAAAAUUAUUGUAAAUAUGUUUUUUCUUGUAAAUCUCUUCUAUGAAAAUAAAAUAAAUGUAGCACUUG